AUCGGCGAUCCUUUGUCUAAAUUUCCAUUCAUAUGUUAUUUACAUAUUUUCUAGUAUAUUUACAAUUUUUUAUUACAUUUACUUAAUGUUAAUCGUGACAAAAAUUUAUUUCGCCUACGAGGAUUUACUGCUGGAAAAAUCUCGAGUAAACGAACAUGCAACAAUUUCAAAUCAAAUUGGAAAAACGUUCUGUCAGCGUCGUCCAGUGGUGGUGAUUUUUAUUGUCAAAUAGAACUUGAGUCCCAAAGUCGAUAGAAGGUCCCAUAAUUCCGGAAGAAGCUUUCACGGCCCUUCUAUGUUUCGAUUAGUCGAUCGCCCCCUCAGUUUCAGGCAACAAGCCAGCGAUUGGAUUUAUAAGAUGUUGUUUCUCUGGUCGAGGGAACCAAUCCCCAAUUCCAGAGCAGGUCCCUGGUUUGCUUGGUUUGCCACAGCCGCUGUAUUGUGGCGAUGCCGACGUAGAAUAACAAAAGCAAUCCUCGCCAUAUCGCCUUUAAAAUUAAUCAAACGUCGCACUGUAGCUCCCAUUAAUCCAAAAGCAGUGGUAUCGUCCAAGGUGACUUCAGGAACCGCAAAACCCGCAGGAGAUACAGAACAUACCACAGGCGUAACAGAAAAUACCACAAACGGCUUUCAGGAAAAACUCUGUCUAAUUUUAAAUACAAAACAUAGCACUGGGAUUAAAACUCGAGUCAAGCGAUUGUGCACAGGUGAUGGGCCGCAUGUGACGAACUCAUCUUGUGUGCAGGAAACCCAGCAGGUCAAUUACAGGGUUACGAGGAGUGGUAGAGUUUAUGGGAAAUAUCCAAACAAAGUUGUUUUUCCAAAAAAAUAAUAGAAUUCAUAUCCAAUCCCCAAUUUUGUCUCUCUCUCUCUCUCUCUCUUACUCUUAAUUUAACUUAUAAUUUUGUUUUUUCUUCGUAAAUGUUUUUUUGAACCGUAUUCUCCUAUCAGAGGUGAUUAUCAGUACGAUUUGUACGUGUAUAAUAAGGAUCAAUAUCGUUUCGUGACAAUCAUCUGUUCUUUCUUUUGCUUAUUUUCGGAAGGUUUGUAAUCAAAACGAAAGAAGAAUUUCGUGCAAUAUAUGAUGCAGGAGAGAAAUCAGUAUUCUGAUUUAAUUCACUGAGGUGAUGUAAUUAGCGAAUCUCGCUUAAUUGUAACUGAAUCUGCAAUUAGGAAAAUUUAUACAAAAUUUGGGAUCUGAGCUCAGAUAAAGUGGUUAUUUCAUUAUAGGAAGGAUAUUUAGAAAAUAUAAUUUUUAUUUUAUGUAAUUUUAUAAUAUUCUAUUAACUUUUGUACAAAAACUUCUUUCUGGAAAUCGGAA